CGUCAGACCUGAAACUCCUCGGUUCUCCCCCCAGCCUGGCUGCCCCAUGCCGGCCCUCCUGCUCCUCGGGACCCUCCUGCUCCUGGCCUCGACUACCGGCCAGGCUGGGGCGCGCCCGUCCAACGCCACAAGCACCGAACCCCCGGGCCCGCUGCCCGCCCUGCUGGCGCACCUGAGGCGCCUGACCGGGGCGCUGACCGGCGGCGGGGGCGCGGCGGGCCCGGGGGCCAACGGCACCAGGACCAGCACCCCGAGCUCGGCUGGCGCGGCGGCACGGGCGCCCCCUCCUGCCGAGCUCUGCCACGGCUACUACGAUGUCAUGGGCCAGUACGACGCCACCUUCAACUGCAGCACUGGCUCCUACCGCUUCUGCUGCGGCACCUGCCACUACCGCUUCUGCUGCGAGCACCGCCACAUGCGCUUGGCGCAGGCCUCCUGCUCCAACUACGACACGCCGCGCUGGGCCACCACGCCGCCGCCACUGGCCGGGGGCGCCGGGGGCGCCGGGGGUGCGGGCGGGGGACCCGGGCCUGGCCAGGCCGGGUGGCUGGAAGGGGGCCGGGCGGGUGGCGCCGGGGGGCGUGGGGGCGAGGGCCCAGGGGGCAGCACGGCCUACGUGGUAUGCGGGGUCAUCAGCUUCGCCCUGGCCGUGGGCGUCGGCGCCAAAGUGGCCUUCAGCAAGGCGUCCCGUGCGCCCAGGGCGCACCGGGAGAUCAACGUACCCAGGGCUCUGGUGGACAUCCUGAGGCAUCAGGCGGGGCCUGGGACCCGCCCGGACCGGGCACGAAGCAGCUCCCUAACCCCGGGGGUCGGGGGUCCCGACAGCAUGCCCCCGAGGACGCCCAAGAACCUCUACAACACCGUGAAGCCCUCCAAUCUCGACUGGCGGGCCAUUCCGCCGCCCAGCCCCUCCUUGCACUACUCCACGCUGUCCUGCUCUCGCUCCUUCCACAACCUCUCGCAUCUGCCCCCGUCCUACGAGGCCGCUGUGAAAUCUGAACUCAACCGCUACUCCUCCCUCAAGAGGCUGGCCGAGAAGGAUCUGGACGAGGCCUACCUGAAGCGCCGGCCCCUGACGGAGAUGCCCCGCGGGACGCUGCCCCUGCAUGCGCUGCGGCGACCUGGCACAGGGGGCGGCUAUCGCAUGGAUGGCUGGGGUGGCCCUGAGGAGCUGGGCCUGGCGCCCGCACCCAACCCACGGCGCGUCAUGUCCCAGGAGCACCUGCUGGGCGACGGGGGCCGGGCACGCUAUGAGUUCACACUGCCACGCGCGCGCCUCGUGUCACAGGAGCACUUGCUCCUGUCGUCCCCCGAGGCCCUGCGCCAGAGCCGCGAGCACUUGCUGUCACCCCCGCGCAGCCCCGUGCUGCCCCCUGAGCCCGCCGCCCGCGCCAGCCUGGCCGCCUCCCACUCCAACCUGCUGCUGGGGCCCGGGGGGCCCCCCACACCGCUGCACGGGCUGCCCCCGCCGCCCGGCCUGCACGCGCACCACCACCACCAUGGCCUGCACGGCUCGCCGCAGCCCGCCUGGAUGUCAGACACCGGCGGAGGUGGGGGCACGCUGGCCCGCAGGCCGCCCUUCCAGCGCCAGGGCACGCUGGAGCAGCUGCAGUUCAUCCCCGGCCAUCACCUGCCCCAACACCUCCGCACUGCCAGCAAGAAUGAGGUGACUGUCUGA